UUUUUUUCCCAACCAUUUCCCUGAGACUGUAAAUUCCGCCGGAAAAUGUUUCUGACAGAAUACGUUCGUAUCCCUUCGAUUUCUCCCCGCUGCCGUGCCGGCAAACGAUUUCCACCGUCCACCAAGAAUCUCGACUUCAUCUCUCAAUCCUUCGAGGAGAAACUCCUCCAUCGUCUCAAAACCCUAAAUCCACCGUCGAUCAAUCUCUCCUGGCUCUCCCUGGCCUUCGAUUUCCUCUCUUCCAUCCACGCCGAAGCGGAAGCCCUGGUCUCCGAUCUAAAACUAUCGAGUUCUGAGAACUAUAUCGCUUUGUACUUGGAUGAUAGCAUCAAGCUCUUGGAUCUUUGUAACUCAAUCGUUUUGGAGAUCGAACGGCUGCGACAAGGUCGGCUUCUGAUCGUUUUAGAGAUCCAACGGUUGCGACGAGAUCAGGUUCCGGCAUCGGAGGAGCUGUGCCGGGUGAGGAAUUCACUGUCCAAUUGGGGGAUUCGCUCGCAGAUUCUCACGAAUCGUAUAUCUCAGAGCCCAGGAGCGUUGUUCCGAGAUCUGGCGCGUGGGCUCAGGAAUCCGCCAAUUGGCAAGAUCAAAACCGUUGGCAAGGUCAUUGAUCGGACAAUCUACGCCGUCGGAGCGGUGACUGUUCUUGUCGGGGCAGUCAUGGUUUUGGUAUUGACUCAGUCGCCGGAGACGAUUCAAAUCCGAAUCCCUGCCGAGUUUUUAUGGGCUGACGCGUUUAAUGGAUUGGCUUCGGCUGUUUCUGGCGAGAUCGAGAGGCGGUUCGGGUUUGGUGAAGAUCGAUUGCGGUUCGUGGAAGAAGUGGAUGACGUGGACGCGCGCAUCCGAGGCGUGUGUGACGUCAUUGAUGACGUGGUUGAAGGGAGAGUAGGUGGUAAAGUUGGUGAAGGAAACAAGGAGAAGUUGGAGAAGGCAGUUGAAGAGUUGGAGACGGUGACGGUAACGUUAACGGAGGGUUUGGACCGUUCGUUAGAUGGGGUUAAUAGAUUCUUUCGCAGUGUUUUGAGUACGAGAAACAGUCUUUUGGGAAAUGUUGGGAUUGGUUCGGAUAUGAAAGUGAAACUAAAGAAUGAGAAAAGGGUAUAG